AGAAGCUCAACAUAGGAGCCUGUCAUGGAGUUCAGCACUGCAGUUGUGUUCUGUUUGGCUCUAUUAUGCUUCAUGUACUGGAAGAAAUCUCGGCCAAAUAAUUUCCCUCCUGGUCCUCUAACUCUCCCCAUUAUAGGAAACCUGUUGCAGAUCAGCUUUUCCAGUUUCCUCAAGGAUCUGCAGAAGCUGUCUGAAGUAUAUGGACCAGUAUAUAGCAUAUACCUAGGAUUAACCCCUGCAGUGGUGGUUCGUGGAUUCAAAGAAGUUCUUGUGACCCAAGGCAUAGAAUUUGCAGACAGACCACAAAACAGACUUACAAAUCUUAUUUCCACUAACAAAGGUCUGGUGGCAGCUGCCUAUGGCCUUUCUUGGAAGGAGCACAGACGAUUCACCCUGUCCACACUACGGACUUUUGGCCUAGGCAAGAAGUCUAUGCAAGAGAAGAUUCUAGAAGAAAGUGAGCACCUUAUUUAUGAGCUCAAUAAUCACAAAGAUUCUCUCUUGGAACCACACUUUGUCCUUGAUAAUGCUGUAUCCAACAUUAUCUGCUCAGUUGUAUUUGGGAGGCGCUAUGACUACCAUGAUUCCACAUUACGCAAUGUACUUUACUAUGUGCAUGAAAAUAUGAAGCUGGCCUCAAGUAUCUGGGCACAGUUGUACAAUACAUUUGGCUUUAUCCAUUACCUGCCCCUGCCACACAGGAAAAUUUUUCAAAAUUUGGAGAUAAUUUUUGGAUUCCUAAGAAGCAUUUUGGAGGAACACAAAAGAUCCAGGCUACCUGGAGAGCCACGUGAUUUUAUUGAUUGUUACUUGGAGGAGUUGAGCAAGGAUAACCGAAAAACUACAUUCGGUGAAGACAGUCUGUUCUUCUGUGUGACAGAUCUGUUUGUGGCGGGGACAGAAACCACAUCUGCCAGCCUGCAGUGGGGUCUUCUUUACAUGAUAAUGUUCCCAGAAAUCCAAGAAAAGUGUCGUGAGGAAAUUGACAGAGUUCUUGGUACAAGAGACCAUCUAGAAUAUGAGGACAGAGAAAACAUGACAUAUACACAAGCUGUUUUGCAAGAGGUGCAGCGGUUUGCCUCAGUUGUACCUUUGGGAGUACCCCAUUCAACCAUAAAAGAUGUGCAGCUACAUGAUUUUACCAUUCCAAAGGGAACAUUAAUAAUCACGGACCUGUCUUCAGUCCAUUAUGAUGAGACACACUGGAAAUACCCUCAUGAGUUUAAUCCAGAAAACUUCUUGAAUGAGGAGGGGGAGCUGCUGAAAAUUGAAUCCUUCCUACCUUUCUCUGCAGGGCCGCGGGUUUGUCUUGGGGAAAAUCUUGCACGCAUGGAGAUUUUUCUCUUCUUUACAGCUAUGCUACAACAUUUUGAAUUCCACUUGCCAGAUCCUACAUGCCGUCCUGAUUUCACUCCAGUGUUCGGUUUAACUCAAGCCCCCAAACAAUUCAAAAUGAAGCUGGUGCCCCGCAGACAAACCUGAUCUGAAGACAGUCACACAGAAAAACAAGUUUCAAGUUUUAUUGUCAUAUACAAAUAACAAUGAAGCAUCAUUACUGUAAUGAAAUUUUUUGAACCCGUGUUCCUCCCAACUUUACAUAGACAAAAAAAAUACAAAUAUUUAAUAAAAGUGAGCAAUAAAGGUACAAGUAUUUA